ACCUACCUAUAAAUCCCACACACCCCACCUCUCUCUCUCACCUCACAAUCCCUCACCAAAUUCUCCCAUCUCGCUACUCGUUUCUUUCCCGUUUUACUGUCCCAGUCCCUUUCUUCAAUGGCACUCUCUGGUUUCGAAGGCUUCGAGAAGCGUCUGGAGCUCCACUUCUCCGGGGACGACCCUAAAAAUGUAGGGCUCGGCCUGAGACUCCUCGACUUCGAGACCUUGGACGAGCAAAUCCUACAGGCCGUGCAGUGCACGGUGGUCUCCGCCGUAGCGAAUCACUACUUCGACGCCUACGUGUUGUCGGAGUCGAGUCUCUUUGUUUACCCUACCAAGAUCAUCAUCAAAACAUGUGGGACCACUCAGCUCCUGAAGUCAGUGGCGCCGCUGCUCCACCACGCGUCGAGCCUGGGCCUCACUCUCACCUCCUGUCGCUACACCAGGGGUAACUUUAUCUUCCCCGCCGCACAGCCUUUUCCCCACGACAGCUUCCAAAACGAGGUCGUUUACCUGGAAGACUCCCUCCCUGACAGCCUCUGCUACCGGAAGGCCUCCGUCAUGCCCUCCAAAACCCCAUCACACUCGUGGCACGUGUUUUCUGCUUCAACCGAAGCGACGUCGUAUCCCCUCAACGGCGACGUAAUGUACACCAUUGAAAUAUGCAUGACGGAGCUGGACCGUGACCUGGCGCGGAGCUUUUUCCAGCGGCCGGGAGAUGGAAAGAACGGUGACACCGCCGGAAAAGAGAUGACGGAGAUCACCGGAAUUGGAGAAAUCAUUCCCGGUGCUUUGAUCUGCGACUUUGCUUUCGACCCGUGCGGGUACUCCAUGAAUGGUAUCGAUGGCGAUCGGCACUCCACCAUUCACGUAACUCCGGAGGACGGGUUUAGUUACGCGAGCUAUGAGUGCGUGGGGUCGGUGUACGACUGCGACGACGUCGUUCGGGUGCUGAAGAGGGUGUUCAAGGUGUUCCGGCCGGCCACCAUGUCGGUAUCCACCACGUGCGCGAGCCACGAGGUGUGGACGCUCGUCGCCGGGGCUCUGGAGCCGCUAGGAAUGAAGUGCCGGAGUUGCGCCGUGGAUGAGUUCCCGGCGGCCGGGAACGUGGUGUACCAGACGUUCACGGCUCGCCGGAAUAAGUAGGAAUGAUCGAGUUUCUUUAUUAGAAUUAGCUGGGAAAAACUUUAGGGUGAUCGAGGAUGAUGAUGAUGAUGGUGUUGAUCAAUGUGGUGUAGAAAGCAAAAAGGUGGGGGGGGGAUAAAUUAGAGAUGAUGAUGUGGAAGCAAGGAUGGAUGGGAGAGUAUGAGCGAGCAUGAAAUUCGAAUGGAAAUGAUAGUGCACCCCACUUACGCUUGUCACGCCUGAGAAUUUUGAGGUGUUUGUGUAGUGGGGGUGUGUAAAAGUGAUGCUGAUAUUGUUUCUUGUUGAGAGGUUUACUUGUUUCUAUUCUAGGUCUAUCUAUCUAUCUCAAUUCUAUUCAUUUUCUUUCUUCAAAUUGGUUUUUUUUUUUUUUUCCUGUUAAUUCUCUCUAUUUUGAUCUUUCUUCCACUACUUCAUAAUUCUCCCAUCGUCUCCUCUCUUAUCAUGUUUUUCAUCUUUUGUUUGUAAUUAGACUACAAAUCACACAUUUCAUAU